AUGCCAAGAUUUGAUAAAUUCCUCAAUCCAGCAUUCUGUGCAAAUAACAGCACAUCGCCAUGUCCUAACAAGGCUUCUAAAGCUAAUAGUGCUUGCGGCCGCUGCUACCUGGUCGUGUACUGCAGCAAAAAAUGCCAGAAAGAACAUUGGCCCACGCACAAAAAGGAUUGUAACGACCCUCUGGCGCAUGAAACAUGGAAGCCAGACUGGCAUACAGAAGAUCGCACGCCAAAUUUCCACAAGAAUCAAGGACCAUCUGAACAGGAUUUGAACAAAUGCAAAAUGUCGUGGUGGGGAAGCAUGCCAGCAUUGGAUUUGCUGAAACUGGAUGGAAAUGAAGGCGAUGAUGCACCCCCCAAGAUGCGUCUUCUUUUCAGCUCAUCGCACGAUAUUCGCAACAUUGUUGAGACAGUCGCCCGUCUGCCAGACACGUAUUCGGGGCAAUGUGAGAUCGUGAUGAAUGGAAUCACGUCUGCGAUUUUCGCACAGAAUGUUCUUCUUGUUCUGACAGCUUUCCAUUUUCCACCAGAGGAAGCCGUCCCUAUAAUGAUUCACCUGUGGUAUUCGGCUUUGAUACCCGUGUCUCUUCUCACAGGACUGCGACGAAAGCUCCUGCCGUUGAUUGCGGAAGCCUGCUCCGAAGCUGCGCGGAAACGUACCAAUCAGCUUUUCAAAUGGAUCUGGAAGAAGAACAAAGCAGUAUUGCAUGUAGAACUUAUGAGAGAUGAGUGGGAUCGUCUUGGAGGAUUUCUGAAGCCUCCGAGUUAUCUUUCUGCUGCGACAGCUGCCUGCAAUCGACAAGACGUCAUGCUGGCAAGCAACAGAAAGGAUAAUCUCCAUAGGUUUCUGUUCGCGCAGCCUAGAUAUUGGCGUGUCUCCACGAUGAAGUUCUGGCGCGAUGGAAUCUUGUUGCCUUUUGGGUGCUCACGCAAAGCAUUUGACACUCCUAACCCGUUAGCCUCCCAACCCCUCCAUUUUACUCCUCAGGCCAUUAAUAAAAUUAGGAUCUUUUUCCAUGCUAGUCGUUCUUGGCCUAUGCCUGACUCUGCAGAUCCGCGCACCAGCUGGGACCUCGUGGAGGUAUGCACUGGAGCGUACACUGCGAGUUAUCCUGCCAAGAAUGACCUAUACGGCAGGCUAUUCCUCUACAUCCGAGAGUCUCUCUUGGGUUUCUGUCGCCAACUUUCGAAGCGAGAUAUCAAGCUUCAACUUCUUUCUCUUGAUUCAUUGGAUCUGCCGGAAUAUUUCAACCGGCCAGGCGAACAUGCAGGAUUUGACAGAAUUGAGACAUACGUAACUGCAGAAAAAGACGUACUUGGGAUCGACACAGUCCUCAACAUAUCUAGCUCAAUGCUGAAGCCUAAGAUUGAAAACCCAAUGGCCAUGAUUCUUGUACUCUUUAUUCGCGACGUUGAGGAGAUGUGGAAGAAAGACUCACUUGACAAAGACGUCGCUCGUGCUGCCAAAUACCUCCCUGAACCCGAGACAACGGAUUACAAUGAUGCAGACCUAUUGAGAAAUAGGAGAUCAAGCUCUUUUUUCUGCAAUGUCAGUAAGUUGUUCGAUCUUUACAAAAAGUCUGCAGGGUUUGACGCACUCAGUAAAUAUGAGUUGAAGAUGAGGGGCAACAACACAAUCGUGGCCCACUGGCCAAAUCGACCUGGAAAAUAUGCUUCCCAGGAGGUGUUUGAUAUCCUUGAGGCAUCCGGCGCCACUGGCUGUGAGCGCUAUGUCGAGUGGGAAUGGGCAUGA